UUCCUCGACUCCGCCACCCUCUCUCUCUCUCUCUCUAUAUCUUUCCUUGUCGACCCAAGCCAGCGAACUCCAUGCUCUCGCUCUCUGUGUCUCGCGCGCGCUCAUCAGCUCAACCGCAGACCAUGGCUGCGGGCCCCACGCGCUUCUCCGCGGCGAGCCUCUCUCCUCCACGCCUCCAGGUUCCUCAUUCUUGAGUAUGAAUAGUGCCUCUUGUUCUUCAAGACAAGGAGGCUUUUCCAAGUAUUAAUUCUUGGAAAAAGUAAAUCAACAUCGUAAUGGAUUUGUCAGCUAAACGUCAGAGCUGGUUUGGCCACUUCUACCAAACACUAUUCCAGGAAGGGGAUGGGACUAUGAAGCAGGAUUUUGAUCAUAUCGAAAAACAAGUAGAAGCUGUUGGUGAGAAGAUGAAGAGGCUUUGCUCUAAAAUCUUCCAUGACGUGCAACGUCCUGAAAGAGAUGUCAUGAGAUUCAAUCCUCAUUUGGAUUCAGAAGGAUAUACUCCCACCAGUGGCAGUGCUAAUUCAAUGAAAAGUGUUGAAAAAGAGCCUGGGAAGAGUAUCCCAAACCAAUCGCAGGUGGCCUGCCCCUUAGAGAAUUAUGUGGAUCAGGAAUUGAGCAAACCUGAUCCUUUUAUAUUGGACCCCCGGUUAGAUCCGCAGAGAGUAGAAAGCAAUGAUGAGCAUGUCCAGAUGAUCACAGAACAAUUGCAGGUGACCUGCCAUGUGGACCCUUUUCAGGAACCAAUUGAACCUCAAACUUCUAAUUCCUCUUCUCAGAAUUCGAUUGAGGUGCCAGCGUCUUCCUCAGAUGUGGGGCUACCCAAUGAACACAUGUCUUUUGAUAGUGUAAAGAACCCAGGACAUACAUUGGACAAUCCUAGUCAGGAACCUGAACAAAGUCAACCUCAAACUUCUAAUCCCUCCUCUCAGAAUCUGUUUGAGGUGCCAGAGUCUUCCUCAGAUUUGGGACUACUCGACAAGCUAACUACGUUUGAUAGUGUGAAGAACCAACUGGGACAUACAAUCAACGACCCUAGUCAGGAGCCAACUGGAUCUCAAACUUCUGAUCCCUCCUCUCCAAAUUUGUUUGAGGUACCGGAGACUUCUUCAGCAUUGGAAUUGCUGGACAUAACCUUUGCUUUUGAUAGUGUGAAGAACCCACCAGGACAUUUAUUGGACGAUGCUAGUCAGGAAAAAAGUGAGUCUCAAACUCAUAAUCCCUCUUCUAAGAAUUUGUUUGAGGUGCCAGAGUCCUCAGAUAUGGUACUACUGGACGAACCAACUGCUUUCGGUAGUGCAAAGAACCAACAAAGGCAUAUGUGCGACUCCCCAGAGGCUCCAGUUUCUGUGCAUUUGCUCGAGGGUGAACGGUCCAGAUUAUCUUUAGGGUGUACAGAUGGUGCCUUGGCCGAGGAAAAGGCUCCCAAGUUUUGGAAGGAAAAUGCCAUGCCGGGGGGGUCAUCUGCACCUGAGGUGUACUUAAUCUCCUCGGUUGAAAAGGAUUUAUGUGAAGCUGAUUUUCUGUCCAUUCAUCUCCCUAGCGAUGAUAUUGCAAACACUGCAAGUUUAGGCUCAAACAAGCUUUCACCUGCAAAUUCAGUUCAUGCUGAGGAGGACCUUGUCCCUUCUGACAACUUCACAGUUGAAGCUGUGUGCAGCAUUGGUGCUUCUAAUAUGAUCGCUGCAUCUGAUAUGUCUUCACCAGUUGCAUCUCAUGAGCAAGAGGCAAAGACAAGGGUCCUUGAAAGCUUAAGCAAUCCAGUGAAAGUUGAAUCUUACGAGUCAGAAAUCUUGCCUGAAGUUAACUUUCAAAGGGGGAGCUUUUGUGAUGAAGAAGUUGGUAUUGCGAGGUGUAUACCUCAUAGAUCCAACUUUGCCCCAUUUGCCCUAUCAGGUGGAAGUGUGGAAAAUGCCUCUACGUUUAGUGACGAUAUUUCUUUGACUGAAGCCCACAGAAAAGAGCACAUUCAGUUCGCUGAUUCUGCUGAAUUUCAUGAUCUCUCUUUCUCUUCAGAUAAGGACGAGGAGGUGAAGCUUGAGGAGAGUUGUGUUGCUUUGGAUUCUCGUGAACUAUAUGCUCUGUCUCUUAGGAUCCAACGGAUCAGAUCAUUCAAGAAGAAGAUCAUGGACACCUUUGCUCCAAGACAAAGGACAGUGAAGGAAUAUGAACAGCUUGGAAUAUGGUAUGAAGACAGUCAAAUUGAGAGCGAGCUUAAUCGGGAAAUAGAACAUACUACUUCACCACGUGCAAUCUCAGCCUUUUCAGACUGUCAGAGUUCGCAAGAACAUCAAAUUGACGCUGAUUGGGAACUAUUAUAGGUCAUACCUAUACUUCUUUAGGUAAACCCGGCUUUUUUUACUGUAGGGAUGACUUACUCGAGGAUGAUCCACUGUUGACAUUAGUAAGAAUGAUGCCAGGAGGUUUUGUCAAGAUAUGGAGGUGAAAAAAAAAAUGUAGUUGAAAGAAGAGAGCUUCCUAUAGAAUGAUAUACUCGUAAGGAGAUAUCUUUUGUUUUUCCUUUGGCUACAUAAAACCUUUUUGCACCCAAGUUGUACUUGUUUGUGUCGGAAAUUUCAGAUCUGGACUUUGUU